GUCACAAAGAGAAAGAGAAGCUGAAUCCAUCAUCAGAUCACAGAUCAUCCUGUUGCUGCUGCUGUUAGAGAUCUGAAGGAUUUAAUUUAACCAGAAACACUGAAGGAGACGCACAAACACCAGCUGUCUGUCCAUCACCGGAGAACCCUGAACACCGUCCCGGUUCUGGUCCAUCCUGAUGUCAGCCUCUGAAGUUCCCCAACACUGACUCUGGAGUCCAGCAGCGGGUUUGAAAAGGUUCCAAACCAGGUUCUAGCAUCAAAGCGGGUUCUGGAUUAGUGCUCUAGAUUUCCUGCCGUGUUCUCAGGGAUCAGUUCUUCAGGAUGGAGUCCAGAGUCAAAGGUUCUGGUAUCACAGCUGGUUCUGGGUUCUCCUCCAUGCUGCUGGUUCUCUGCUUGGUGUUUGUCAGACCGGUCGGUUGCCACGGUAACUUCACAUCUGAGCUGUCUCUAUCAGAUCUGAUGAUGUCGGACCUGCCCGACCUGCUCGCCACCGACCUCCCUCCAGAACCAGAGACGGAUCUCCUGCAGGAGACCCUGAAGGAGGCGACGUCCUCCAACAAACCGCAGCACAAACCGGAUCUAAAGGUUCCGUCUCAGUUCUCCAACCGGACCCGGCCGGUUCUGGUCCACCCGGUGUUGCCCCCCAGCUGCCUGCAGGCCACGUCCAUCCGCACCUUCUUCAAGUACAUCAACACGGUUCUGUCCUGCCUGAUCUUCGCCGUGGGGAUCGUCGGGAACGCCACGCUGCUCCGGAUCAUCUGCCAGAACAGAACCAUGAGGAACGGACCCAACGCUCUGAUCGCCAGCCUGGCACUGGGAGACCUGAUCUACAUCGCCAUCGACAUCCCCAUCAACGUCUACAAGCUCUUGGCGAUGCAGUGGCCCUUUGCUGACAGUCCGUUCGGUCUGUUCCUCUGUAAACUGUUUCCGUUCCUGCAGAAAGCUUCAGUCGGCAUCACAGUUCUCAACCUGUGUGCUCUGAGUGUGGACAGGUACCGGGCCGUGGCGUCCUGGUCUCGGAUCCAGGGGACAGGCGUUCCCACGGUAACGGCGGUGGAGAUCGUGGUGAUCUGGCUGCUGUCGGUGUUUCUGGCCGUUCCUGAGGCCGUCGGCUUCGACAUGGUGAACUUCGAGUACAAGAACAUCACCAUGAGAACCUGCAUGCUGCAGCCCAGGACACCCUUCAUGACCUUUUACCGUGAUGCGAAGGACUGGUGGCUGUUUGGGUUCUACUUCUGCGUUCCCCUGCUCUGUUCUGCCGUGUUCUACGGCCUGAUGACCUGUGAGAUGCUGCGACACCAGAAGGGCAGCCUGAGGAUCUCCCUGAGUGAACACCUGAAGCAGCGCAGAGAAGUGGCCAAAGCCGUGUUCUGCCUGGUUCUGAUCUUCGCUCUGUGCUGGUUCCCUCUUCAUCUAAGCCGUCUGCUGAAGAGGACGGUCUAUGAAUCCCACGACGCUCACCGCUGUGAGCUGCUCAAUUUUCUGUUGGUGCUCGACUACUUCAGCAUCAACAUGGCGACCAUCAACUCCUGCAUCAAUCCCAUAAUCCUCUUCUUCGUCUCCAAGAAGUUCAAAAACUGCUUCAAGUCUUGUCUGUGCUGCUGGUGUUAUUCUGGUUCUCUGUCCAACAGUCUUCUUCCCCUCCACCUUGGAACCAGUCUACAGUACAAACACACCGAACACUGAGCAGCUCCAGGACUUAGUCUGCACCAUUUAGCCUGUAUUAUACUGUAUUUAUUCUGGACAAAUGUUCAACUUUUAUCACAGGUUCACGUCCGAUGUGUGAAACAAUCACUCUGUUUGGGUCAGAAGUCACUGAAUAAAGACAUAUUUAUGUGGCCACCAUGGACAGCUCAAUGAACAACACAAAUAUACUGAAGUUUAUCCCAGACAGAGAGACAAAACGACCACAAACAGACACACAAUGACGACAACGAGACACAAAAUGAGGACUGAGACACAAAAAGACACAAAAUGGCGACUAAGAGACAAAAAAUAUACAAAUGAGGCACAAAAUGACCAUGAGAACUUGUAAAAUAAUCAAAAUGAGACACCAAACGCUUGAAAUUUCAGUGCAAACAACCACAAAGAGACAGAACCAGACAUAAAAUAACACAAAUGCACAAAGAAGAGCUGCACAGAUAUGUAAAAUGUCCAGAAUGAGACACAAAACAACAGAAAUUAACUUUAAACAAUCACAAAAAGAACCAAAGAAACACAAAACAACCAUGAAAAGGUGGAAAAUAGUCCAAAAAAGAUAUAAUGUGGAUGACAAAAAGACAUGAGAUCAACACAAUGAUCACAAAGAGACAAAAUAUGGCAACAAAGACACACAAAAUGGCAACAAAGACACUCAAAAUGGCAACUAAGACACACAAAAUGGCAACUGAGACAAAAAAUGGCAACAAAGAGAAAUCAAAUGGCAACAAAGAGACUCAAAAUGGCAACUAAGACACAUAAAAUGGCAACUAAUAGACAAAAAAUGGCAACAAAGAGACACCAAAUGGCAACUAAGAGACACAAAAUGGCGACAAAAACGGCAACAAAGAGACACAAAAUGGCAACUAAGAGACACAAAAUGACCAUGAGAACUUGUAAAACAACCAAAAUGAGACACAAAGUUAUUGAAAUCUCAGUGCAAACAACCACAAAGAAACAAAAUCAGAGACAAAAUAACACAAAUGCGACACGAAAUGACCUCAAAAACACAAAGAGCUGCACAGAGAUAUAAAAUGACCAAAAUGAGACACAAAACAACUAAAAUUAACUUUAAACAACCACAAAGAGAAGCAAAGAAACUCAAAACAACCAUGAAAAAGUGGAAAACAGUCCAAAUGUGGAAGACAAAAAGAGACGGGAUCAACAGAAUGAUCACAAAGAGAUAUAAAAUGGCAACUAAGAGACACAAAUUGGAAAAUAAGAGACAAAAAAAGACACACGUGAGACACAAAAUGACCAAACUGGGGCCAAAAACAACCACAAAUGUUCUUUGUGGUCCGUCCAUGGUGAGUCCAGAGACUGAAACAGAACCAGUUCAGUGUGGAGGAACCUGAUUGGUUGAACUGGAGCUGUGGUCCAAUUAGAGAGUUUUAACUUCGGGUCACUUAUUGUAUUUAUUUCCAUGUUUUAUGUGUUAAAAGUUUCAGUGGAUUCAGAUAUAUUCAGAAAAUGAAGCAGUUUUCUGUCGUUUCUCUGACUUUCAGCUGAUUUAUUGUAUUUAAUUAAAUGUAUAUUUCUCAAUAAAACAAGAUUCUCUAACUGCU